AUGUCAGAUAAUGUGACUUCCCAAGAGGAAAUUGCACAGGCACGGCAAAUAAAGGAGCUGGAGCCGCUGUACGACGCGUGGAUAUCGUGGACGAAGGCUAGAGAGUCUCUGUUGGAGACAUUCCCCCUUCUGAGUGAUCCUGACGAGACGAUGCGGGCCUUGGCAUCUGACGAGUAUACAUCCCUCUACGACAGCUUGUCAAGACACCUAUCUGCCACCUUCCCUUCUCUUUUAGUUCCUCCGUCUCCUACACGCUCUUUGUUUGCACUGUUGGAACUUAAAGCCGGCGUGGGUGGGUCAGAAGCAGCCCUCUUUCUGACAGAUCUCCUUCGUGUCUACGUCCGAUACGCGACUUCUCGAGGUUGGCAGUCAUCAAUAGUUCAGAGUAGUGAAGUGACAGGCGGAGGUCUCAGGGACGCAAUAGUGGAAAUCAAAGCCCUUCGAUGGGAGAGUGGGGUGCACCGUGUGCAGAGGGUGCCAGCGACGGAAGCCAGUGGUCGGGUCCAUACCAGCACGGUUACAACCAUCGUUCUUCCCCUCAGCGACGAAGUGGAACCAUCUGGCGACGACAAUUUAUUCAAAAUAGAGGAUGUUAAGAUUGAGGUCAUGCGAGCUCGUGGCGCAGGCGGACAGCACGUUAACAAAACCGAGUCGGCGGUUCGUUUGACACACAUUCCGACUGGGAUUACUGUGUCGAUGCAAGAUGAACGCAGUCAGCACCAGAAUAAAAGGCGUGCAUUUCAGGUCCUCAGGGCCCGACUGAUGGACAUCAAAAUUUACUCAAGACAUUGCAGAACCCUUGUUCGCUCCGCUGAUCGAAGCGAGAAGAUCCGGACGUACAAUUACGCCCAGGAUCGCGUCACAGACCAUCGGAUAGGGUUAUCACUAAUGAACCUUCAGUCGGUUAUGGAAGGCGGUGGGAUACAAGAGUUUUUAGAAGCCCUCCGUAAAAACUGGGAGCAGGAAAUAAUGGAAGAAGCCAUUACUGAUGCCAAGUAG